AUGGAGCACUAUAUGUUCUCAGCAUUUCCGAGAAGAGGACAUAGACUGAACUUCCGUUUCAACAGUAAGGCUCCGAGAAAAUGCUGUACCAUCAGUUUUCCCUACACACCCAAAACAUUUGCAAAAGGAUUGUCAGCGAACAUGGCGUUAUCGUUUGAACAAAGGAAAUGGAUGCUAAAGUGUUACUGGAAAACAGAGAAUAUAAAUUAUGUUGUAAUGCGAGGUUUUAAUGAAGAUGAAGUGUGCAGUUUUGUGGAGUUAACAAAAGAGAAAAAUGUUGAUGUAAGAUUUAUCGAGUACAUGCCUUUCAGCGGCAACAAAUGGAAUGAUGGGAACAUGGUCUCAUUUAGUGAAAUGCUCCAAAUAAUUAGAAAGCAGUGGCCUAAUUUUGAUCCUCUUCCCAAUGGGCCCAAUGAUACCUCAAAGAGAUGCAAUACGAAGCAAAUGCAGUGAGGAUGACUUGCUUGCCAUGAUUGGGGCAGCAGUGAGAAGAAAGAAGAAACAACAUGGAGGCAUGCUGAACCUGUCAAAGAUGAAGAAUCGGCCAAUGAUUCUUAUUGGAGGAUAACAGUUGUAAUAUUUGACAUUGCAGCUUUUGAAAAUGGAGCAGGAUGUUGUGCCCUCUUUCCUAUUGGAGUGUUUCUCUGUGAUCAGAAUUGGAGGCAGACAAUUCACUUGAACUUCCAUUGCUGUUGUUGAUGUCUUUGAAUCAUGUUGUUUCUUUGUGAUUAAUAAAAAAAUUAUACAAUCCAA